AGGGAGUGAAACUCACCCCAUUGUUGUAGCAAAUGCAAAAUUUCUCUAGAAAACAAGAAAGAAGAGAAAGAGAGAAAAGUUGAAAGAAAAUCCAGAGAGAGAAAAUGAGCUUGUCGACGGCGUCGUUCUUUGCCAGAAGAGCCGCUCAGAAGCAGAAGGUCCGCCUUCUCUAUCGCCGUGCACUUCGUGAUACCCUCAAUUGGGCCGUUCAUCGUCAUCUUUUCUACCAAGAUGCUGAUGAGCUCCGGAAAAAGUUCGAGGCUAAUAAAAAUCUGGAGGACCUUGAUACAAUUGACAGAAUGAUUGCAGUUGGUGAAUCUGAGUACAAUAAGUGGCGACACCCUGAUCCUUAUAUUGUUCCAUGGGCUCCUGGCGGUUCAAAGUUCUGCAGAAACCCAGAGCCACCUAAAGGGAUUGAGAUUAUAUACAACUAUGGCCAAGAAGAGGCCGAGCUAAAGUAGCUGCAUAUACUUGAUGCCAUGAGAUUAUUCUGCCUGUGGUGGGAAGAUAAUGAUGAAGAGUCAUCUCCUGUUUGCAUUUAAUUACGCUUCAAACAUUUUGAGAUGUUCAGUUUUCCGUUUUGAAAUUUACCUAGGUUCUCUGCACUUCAUGUAAACUGUUUGAAAAUUUGUGCACAUGAAUUGUUAAUCUUCUGAAGAUGUUAAUAAUUUACCAUCAUGAAUAAGUUUCCUCCUUUUGUUAAGGCAUGAUUCAGUAGCUUCUCUUAUGGUAAAUUGGUGAUUGUGGCUCGGGAUUGUAUCAGACAGGGAGCACUCUCUUAAUUGCUAGGAUGCCGUUACUGUGUGUUGGACUUGAGCAUCGAGCCAAUAACUUGGUAUUGAAAAGAAA